UGCAAGGCAAGGAGUGUUUUCUGCCUGAGACUAAAUCAUUCCGACUUCUUCAUUUAAUGCUUUGAAAUAUUGAUUAAGUAUAUUCACCCACGUUUGCUUUAAUCUGAUUGCACAUCUCGAAGUUUUCUUCUGAUGUGGUGCAGCCAUGACUGGUGCAAGCUGGUUUAAUUAGCACUGCUUAGUGAUUUGGGACCCCUGUCAACGGCGAUUGCGUUAUCUAGAAACAUAAGGAGUUAAAGCUAAAGCUGUGACCUCAUCUCUAUUCAUGUUACACUAGACUAGAAGCUGUGCUGAAAGGGAUUGUUUAACUGCCUCGCUGUCUUUACUGCUGCUAGUUGAUUGCUUUAAUUUGGUUCUGAUAUCUAUAGCACGCUUUUGCUGAACAACUGUUAAUAGUAGGGUUUUGUGGGAAUACUGGAAACAAAUGAAGUCACGCUAACACUGACUGCAUGUGGAAAUAGCUCCCACGGAAAUAUUUAGACUCAAAUACGUCUUUCUACCCGAGUUCAACUUUUUAUUGCUUCCCCCGUGAAAAUCCAAGCAGCAUCAAGGAGAGCUAAAACGCACCCGCUUCUGGCCAGUCAUGCACUUACGCAACUGCGUGUGCCAUUUAUUACUUUAUUACUCAGCGCUGCGUAUGAAACGAGGAGUGCAAUUGCUGUCGCUUUAAUGUCAGAGUGGCGUACGUUACAAUAGGUGUCACUGUGCGGCUGGCUCCAAUCCUUAUCGGUGACUUCAGCUAUUGGCUCCCACCGAAUGCUGCCUGACUCCAUCUGCAGGGCUGCAAUACCUACUCUGCUCUGAGCAGUUCAAGGCACAAGUUCAGCUUGCCGAGCAGACUAGCAGUGCUGUUGUGCACGUCUGGCUUAGCCCCCUUCAGAAAGCCGAUGCUGCAGCCACGCACGAACCCUCUUCACAGGCUGUAGCUCUUUCCUGAUCAGGAGAUCUAGAGAGAAAUAAAACUGGCUGGAAUGAUGGGGAUGUAUUUAACAAUUCAAGUACUGGAUCAAACUUAAAGCCAGUUUCUUGCUCGGUGCGCUGAAAAGGUCACCUUGUCUUGCCGGAAAAGAAGUAAACUCUCAGCUCUGCUGCUCUCUGUUUAACAGCUUCUGUGUGCAUUUCUUAAUGUUCUUAGCUAGUUAGGCUGUCUAGCUUUACAGACAAGUAUACUCAUGGUAGAUGAGAAAGGAAAGAACAUGAAAUGUCUCACCUUCUUCUUGAUGCUUCCAGAGACGGUCAAGAACAGGUCCAAGAAGAGCUCUAAGAAGGGAAAUAGCAGCAGCAGUAGCAGCAGCAAAUUGCCUCCAGUUUGCUAUGAAAUCAUUACUUUGAAGACCAAAAAGAAGAAGAAGAUGGCUGCUGAUAUUUUCCCCCGAAAGAAACCAGCCAACACUAAUACAACUGCUGUCCAGCAGUACCACCAGCAAAAUCUCAAUAACAACAACACUAUUCCAGCACCUAAUUGGCAAGGACUUUAUCCAACCAUCAGAGAGAGAAAUGCAGUGAUGUUCAACAAUGACUUGAUGGCAGAUGUUCAUUUUGUGGUCGGGCCACCAGGUGGGACCCAGCGGCUGCCAGGACACAAAUACGUCCUGGCUGUUGGGAGCUCUGUAUUCCACGCAAUGUUUUACGGAGAGCUUGCUGAGGACAAAGAUGAAAUCCGUAUACCAGAUGUUGAGCCUGCUGCUUUUCUCGCAAUGCUGAAAUACAUAUAUUGCGAUGAAAUUGAUUUGGCUGCAGAUACCGUACUGGCCACUCUUUAUGCUGCCAAGAAGUAUAUCGUCCCUCAUCUUGCCCGCGCCUGCGUCAACUUUCUAGAGACAAGUCUAAGUGCAAAGAAUGCCUGUGUGCUGCUUUCCCAGAGCUGCUUAUUCGAGGAACCUGACCUGACCCAGCGCUGUUGGGAAGUGAUUGAUGCCCAAGCCGAGCUAGCUUUGAAGUCUGAGGGUUUCUGUGACAUUGAUUUUCAGACACUUGAAAGCAUUCUCCGAAGGGAGACUCUGAAUGCCAAAGAAAUUGUUGUUUUCGAAGCAGCUCUAAACUGGGCUGAAGUGGAGUGUCAGAGACAAGAGCUAACAGCUACCAUAGAGAACAAGCGCAAAGUCCUCGGGAAGGCUCUGUACUUGAUACGCAUCCCCACCAUGGCACUCGAUGACUUUGCCAACGGUGCUGCUCAGUCUGGGAUUCUGACUCUCAACGAAACCAAUGAUAUCUUCCUCUGGUACACGGCUGCUAAGAAGCCAGAGCUGCAGUUUGUGAGCAAGCCCCGGAAAGGCCUCGUUCCCCAACGAUGCCACCGUUUCCAGUCCUGCGCUUACCGCAGCAACCAGUGGCGCUACCGGGGCCGGUGUGACAGCAUCCAGUUUGCUGUUGAUAAGAGAGUGUUUAUUGCUGGCUUUGGGCUGUACGGGUCCAGCUGUGGAUCGGCAGAGUACAGUGCCAAGAUUGAACUCAAACGACAAGGAGUUAUCCUAGGCCAAAACUUGAGUAAAUACUUCUCAGACGGUUCUAGUAACACUUUUCCCGUGUGGUUUGAAUAUCCAGUGCAGAUUGAGCCUGACACCUUUUACACAGCCAGCGUGAUUCUGGAUGGCAAUGAACUCAGCUAUUUUGGACAAGAAGGAAUGACAGAAGUUCAGUGUGGGAAGGUGACUGUUCAGUUUCAGUGUUCUUCGGACAGUACAAAUGGCACUGGGGUACAGGGAGGGCAAAUUCCCGAACUCAUAUUUUAUGCUUGAAUGAAAGCAAAAAGCAUUUUGCUAUGAAGAGUCUGUCUGGUUCAGGCCUACUGAUGCUUAGCUUUUUAUCUGCAGAUACGUGGUCAGUACAGGUAAUACAUAACUAAACGCUGUGGGCAAGUUACUGGCUUGCUAUACUUCUACCAUUGUUGGUGAUAAAGUUUAAGUGUAAUAUUAAAACUGGAAGCUCUUAAGCAAGUUUUAUAGGCUUUGUAAAAGGGGUGCUUGUUUGCUGGUGAUGCUGACCCUUUCUUUGAUGCACCUGUGAAUCACCAGAGGAUGUCCUCUUGUAUCUCACUAAACAUUGUCUUCAUUGAUCCAUUUUCUCCUUCUCCAUUUUCUGCUUGUAAUUAUUUGGGGAAGUUGGGGUAGAAGAUUAAGAGCCUUGUUUUAUAGUUCACUCUUCUGUCUGCUUUUCAAUAAACUGAGCUGCUUUUGAUCAUGGGAGCUGAAAGAAGUGCUUCAGUUGUAAGCAGAAAAAUCACAGGUUUAAACCUUCAUCUUGUGAGACUCUCCUGUGGCCAGCUGUUUGGGAUGGCUGCAGGGGAAGAUGGAGAGAAGCAAACAACCUUCAGGAAGCUAUGCAGUAUGUUGACUCCACAGUGCACAGGCGUUUUUACAGUGCGGUGGGGAUGUGGGCUUGGCAAAAUCCCUGAAAGUUCAUUUUCUAGGAAUCUCACCUCACAGGCAAGGAAGUACUUGCACAUGUUCGAAUUGUGUAUGCAGCUCUUGAAAUCCUACUCCCAUGACCUAGUUUUUACUACAUUUAAGUUGAUUUGCUAUUUAAAUGGCUUUUCUUUGAACCCUUGCUAAGUAAACGAGAAUUAAUAGCUAUCCUCUGAUGCAGGGUGAUUUUUUGUUUGUUUUGGGUGGGUUAUUUUUCUUCCUCCUAAACAUGGUAGAGACGGAUUAUAGAGGAGCAAAAGAAUGCAGCAAUCCUGACUUGGACUUUUUUCUGUAAUAUGAGAUUGCUUCUUUUUCUUACUAUACAUUAUGAGUGGAAAUUUAAACAAAGACAAAAGAUUCCCAACUGUGGUCAUAUUACACUUAAUGUAUCAUCAGAUAGAAGUGAGGAGGAGGAAGUCUUCUCUAAUGUGUUAAUGUUGGAUCUCUUGCAACUGCUUAUGGUUACACGUCAAUCAGAGGAUUAUGUGGUACAGAACCUUUUCCUAUAUUCUUUUAUUUUUCCCAAGUUUCCUGUUAUACGUCUGUAUCGUUUUUAGUAAAGUAUUAGGGAUCAUGACUCCUUUUAUCAGGGAAGGAAACCAGUAUAAACAAGAAGUAUAGGUACUGUAGAAACAUAAAUUCUUUCACCAUUGUAUUGGGACAGUUGCCUCUCAGAGAGAGGCACAUUACCUGUUGUAAAGCAUCUCAUUCUUAUUUCACUUCUGAAGUGGGUUCUGUUUGUUACAUACGUUUUAAUGAAAUGAGAGGACCAAAUGAUUCUUUAGUCAGACUGCAGAUUAAUGUAACAGUAUAUCAACGCAUUAAUGUAGCAUAACCUUAAAUUCACUUGCCAGUUUUGUAAUAAAAAUGUUUUUUUCAUAUGAUUUCUUACCAUUUUAAUACUAUUACUCUGAGUGUUUCUUGACAGUUGGAAUCCUGGCCCCUGGCCAUUGUAAAGUGCCAGUACAUCUUUGCAGUGUCCAAAAUGCCAUCUGAAGUAAGGAAAACUGGAGCAUAGGCAUCAAACACUUUAUGGCCAAAGCCCAGAUCUUCUCUCUAGGUAAUAAAAGGAGAGCCAGGUAAAAAACUUCCCUGCAAGAUCUAUGCUUUUCACCCAUGUUAGUGUUUAAUGUUUUAUAUACAUGCAUAACACACGUGUGUGUAUAAGUGACAUUCUUUCUGAAAUGUAAAUACCCUCAAAAUAUAUAGAAAAAUGUUUUGUUUUUUUUUGUAACAGAUGUACAUAAUCCAGACUGUUAGUGAGAUCUAAACAGAAUGCUCCAUGAAAAAUUCCCAGAGAGAGAGAUUUAAAAAACCUCCAGUUAAUUAUAUUUAGAUCCGCAGCCUAAAAUAGACAAAGAGUAUAAACUGUAUGGACUGCAGGAAAAGUUGCUGGAGAAACUGCUAAAAGGAAUUUAAGAUUGUGAUGAGGUAAUGGUCAUCUGCUUUUAGACAACCUCUGAGCAGCAGUUCCAUUUAUUUAAAUACAUUUGAAAGCAGAAAAAGAUGCUAAUCAACUGAUUAAGUUUUCUUGCAGCGAGCAGUUGAUGUAGAUGUAAUUACUCUGAGUGAUGAUCAGAUUGACAAGUUGCUUGCAGUAGCAAGCUGCAUUCUGAAUUGUUUGGAAAAAAAUCAGGUGCCUCAGCUGGUGAGAUGAAUUGGCGAGUAAUGCAUUCUAGAACUAGGCUUGGGUGCUCACUUUUAAGUUAUCUUUUGGUUUUUACUUCUCUGCAAAUAAAGGUGAGGUAUCCACUGCAUUCACUGGCUGCAGCAGAAGUUGGGAGAUCAGAAUCCUGUGUAGCUGUAAUAUGUAGAAAGUGAGCUGUUACUUAAUUAUUAUUUUACCUGCUACUUUUCUGAAAUCUUUUUGACGAAGUAGGAUGAAAACGAUUCCUCUGAAUCCAUUCCAGGUUUUAGGAGCUGGGGCAUGUAAAGUUUUUCAAUAUGGGUGAAUAAAUGUAAGCCCCCAAAACACCUAUCGAUGUUUACAGCGUGACUUGAUUCUAAGCACUGCUUGAUGCUAACAAGUACUGGUAUUUAAGAAGGUGCUAGCACCAGUUGCCUUGGCACAUGAGGGCACUCAAGUAGGUGUCUAAAUGUGGAUUUGGUUGGUUUAGCAUCAGCAUCUAAGCUUGAAUAUGUUGAUUGACGUUUUGAAAGCAUCAGCUGUAUCAACCUGGAAUGUAAACAUCAUGUCAAUAGAGAUCCUUUCAUAGAUUCUGUCUUAAACUGUUCCUGGCCAUCUUUGCUACUUGUAUGCUUGAUUUUCCUGGUGAGGGGAAUCUGUGAUAAGAGAGUAUAAUGUAAUAUACUUUCUGCCUAUCUAAAAUAGUAUUUAAGUAAACAUUUUGAUUUCUACAUACUUAUUGCACUGAAAUGUUUGGGGGUUUUGUUUUUGUUGGGGUUUUUUGUGAUAAACUCAGCUAACUUCAGGUCCCAAUGCCCAUUUGUGCUGGAGCAGUGUUUGACCAUAGCAGGCUUACAGCAUUAUUUAUAAAGGACAGAUAUAUAUAAAUAUGAAGUACCUCAUGUUGAAUGUUAUUGUACUGUAUCUUUAAUGUCACAGUGCAGAUCUUGUUGGACUCAUGAAUGUGUAUAAUUGCAUUAAACAUACAAAUAAAAAUGGUUCUUAAA